CUGGACCCAGCCCAAUUCCAGAACUGCUUCGUGUCUUGGACCCAGGCCAUCGCCGAACUGCUGCCCGGUGAGGUGGUCGCCAUUGACGGCAAGACGGCCCGACGGUCCUACGACCGGGCGGGGAGCAAGGGAGCCAUGCAUCUGGUCAGCGCCUGGGCCACGCAGAACACCCUGACGUUGGGGCAGGUCAGGACGGCGGAGAAGUCCAAUGAGAUCACCGCCAUUCCCCAACUGCUGGACUUGCUGGAUCUGCACGGCUGCAUCGUGACCAUUGACGCCAUGGGCUGCCAGCGGGAGAUUGCCCAGCAGAUCACAGACGGCGGGGCCAAUUACGUCCUGGCGGUGAAGGAGAACCAGGGUCAACUCCACGAGGGCAUCCGAGACCUGUUCGAGGGGGCGGAGGCGUUGGGCUUUGACGGGGUGCCCUACGACUACUCCCAGACCGUGAACAAGGGACACGGACGGGUGGAACGGCGGGAAUGCUGGACCAUCACCGCGACGGACUGCCUGGACUACAUCAACCCUCACGGGCAAUGGCCCCAACUGAAGGCCGCCAUCAAAGUGGUCGGCCAUCGUGAGACCGCAGCCGGCGCGAUCAGUCAACCUCGCUACUACAUCAGCAGCCUGCCAGCCCCAGCAGGACAACUGCUGGCUGCCGUCAGGAGCCAUUGGAGCAUCGAGAACUCACUGCACUGGACUUUGGAUGUAACCUUUCGAGAAGAUCAGUGCCGAGUGCGCAAAGACCACGGGCCGCAGAAUCUGGCCACCCUGCGUCAGAUCUCCCACAAUCUACUGAAAAACGAAAACAGCCUCAAAGUGGGCAUCCAGGGCAAACGGCUCAACGCCGGUUGGCGUGAAGACUACCUACUAAAAGUACUCCUCGGAUAA